GCAUGCGCAGAGCGCGCGGGGCGCGGUUGCCGUGGCAGCGCCAGCUCCAGGGAGGGCGGGCGCGGGGCCGGGAUCGCUGGGCCCGAGGUGGCGACCGGAGAGCCCGCGGCCCGGCUGGAGGCAGCUCGGGACAGGCUUGAGCGGCGGGGCGCGCUGCCCGGCCGGCGGGGAUGCGGGACCGGCUGCCAGACCUGACCGCGUGUAGGAAGAAUGAUGAUGGAGACACAGUUGUUGUGGUUGAGAAAGACCAUUUCAUGGAGGAUUUCUUCCAUCAGAUUGAGGAGAUUAGAAACAGUAUUGACAAAAUAACUCAAUAUGUUGAAGAAGUAAAGAAAAACCACAGCAUCAUUCUUUCUGCACCAAACCCAGAAGGAAAAAUAAAAGAAGAGCUUGAAGAUCUGAACAAAGAAAUCAAGAAAACUGCAAAUAAAAUUCGAGCCAAGUUAAAGGCUAUUGAACAAAGUUUUGAUCAGGAUGAGAGUGGGAACCGGACUUCAGUGGAUCUUCGGAUACGAAGAACCCAGCAUUCGGUGCUGUCUCGGAAGUUUGUGGAAGCCAUGGCGGAGUACAAUGAGGCACAGACUCUGUUUCGGGAGCGGAGCAAGGGCCGCAUCCAGCGCCAGCUGGAGAUAACUGGGAGAACCACCACAGACGACGAGCUGGAAGAGAUGCUGGAGAGCGGGAAGCCGUCCAUCUUCACUUCCGACAUUAUAUCAGAUUCACAAAUUACUAGACAAGCUCUCAAUGAAAUCGAGUCACGUCACAAGGACAUCAUGAAGCUGGAGACCAGCAUCAGAGAGCUGCAUGAGAUGUUCAUGGACAUGGCUAUGUUUGUGGAGACUCAGGGUGAAAUGAUCAACAACAUAGAAAGAAACGUUAUGAAUGCUACAGACUAUGUAGAACACGCUAAAGAAGAAACAAAAAAAGCUAUCAAAUAUCAGAGCAAGGGGAGAAGGAAAAAGUGGAUAAUUAUUGCUGUGUCAGUGGUUCUGGUUGCUAUAAUCGCUCUAAUUAUUGGCUUGUCAGUUGGCAAAUGAUGGUGUGGAUAACGGCAGUGUGCAUGCCUCUCUGCCAGGGUGGGAAAAAUGAUGUUCAUUAUUAUUUGUGUAAUUAUUUUGCUUGUGAUCCUUGGAAUUAUCCUAGCAACAACAUUGUCAUAGCAACCAUAUCCCAAGAGCCAUUUAUCCUUGGAGACUCAGACCACAUCUGCAACCAGAUCAGCAUCCUGUCAUUUUGUGAAUGAAUCUCAGACGCUGUAACCCGGCAUUGAGUACUGACCUUUUAAUUUAUGAAUUCAUGGAAGAAGCACAACCGAACGUCUUGUUCAGUGAAAGCGCCGUAAGCACAGUGGGUGUGAUGCGUGACCCUGCAUGACACACUACAGAAUGUGAGCAGUGGGAGACUUCUCUCACUGGCCUUGAAAUAAGAAAAUAUUGAACAUUUUAAUAUUAAAAAUAUUUCAGUGUUACAAAUGUGCAUGAAGUUUAAUUAGGAAGGAAUGCUUUAUGUUAUACAGCUUUUUUUAAUUUUUUGAGAUGGAGUCUCGCUUUGUCACCUAGGCUGGAGUGCAGUGGUGCGCUCUUGGCUCACUGCAGCCUCCACCUCCCGGGUUC